AUGGGGUCUGCGGAGGAGGAGGAGUUUUUGGAGGUGCUGCGGGAGUGGGACAACGCAGUCGCGCCAUGCCCGCAAGGCGUGGUUCCAGGGGUUGGCCCUGCGCAGCCUGCGGGCGUGGCGCUGCCAGUGGCAGCCGCUGCUGCCGAACUUGGCGAGGCAGCUCGGGGCCGACGCCUCACAGGGAAACAGCCGAACCCCGCAGUCAACCAGAACGCUGCUUCGAGUGCAAUCCUUGCUGAGAGACUGGCGGACUGCACGGCCUUGUCGGUGGAUGUGCAGAGGAAGCACAUGCACUACACGCACGUCCGCACCACGUCGGCGGGCGACCGGCAGCCUUCCACCUUCACCCGGGCUGGGUUCUGGGAGCACAUCCUCCAAGUCUACCGAGAAGCAUACCCAGACGCUGCCAACCCCACGGGCUCCAUCGUGCAGUUUGGGGCAGUGGCGAAGGAGCGGCAUGCGGCCUCGCAGGAUGGUUUGCGGGACGAGCACCAUCAUUGCCCAGUGUACUGCAGCAAGCGGCACUACUGGAAGCGUGUGGCUGACAUCUCCUACCAGAAGUACAAGGUGAAGCUCCACGCGGCCACGCACGACGGGUACUACACCAUGUAUUCUUACAUCACCGCCCCGACUACGAAGAAGCCCUUGGCUGAAUUGGACGCGGAGGUGUUCUUGUCGGUGGACCACCCGCGUGGAGACGCCCUGCGGCAGUUGCUGGAAGCAGGCGCCAUUGCUGCCCGUGCCUUGAAUGGACGUCAACACAAGCAACAAGCUGAAGAAGCUCCGCAACGUGCGCCGCAGAAGCGCUUCCGCUCCGGGGACAUCUUCACCCUCAUGGAGGAGCACAACUUGCAGAAUGUCCUGGACUUGCAAGGGCUGGCCAACUCCUUGGCCCAGCAAGGCAACCCUCGCUUGGCGCAGUUCUGCACAAGCAUGGGUGAGGACCGCUUGGGUCAGCUGCUCAAUGCAGCACGUGGUGUCAUGGAAGCACCCACGCGUGUGGCCAUGCGCCAGCACUCCCGUUUGGACACCUUGCGGGACGCAGCCAUGACUAGUCCUUGCACCUGCAGCGGCGUGUGGGCUCCAGCUGCUCUUCGCACCUUGACCAACAACCAAGAGGAUGUGCGCAGGUUCUGCCAAGACGUCUGCCGCGCCCUGCAGUUGGGAGCUCGGCGGGGCGUCAACCUCGCAAUUGUCGGCGUCCCAGGCAGCGGCAAAAGCAUGCUCCUUGAGCCCUUGGACGGCAUCUUUCAGGUCAUGGGGAAACCUGAAGCCCGGAGCUCCUUCCCUUUGGCCGGUGCUUUGGAUGCGCAGGUGUUGCUGUGGCAAGACUACAAGCACCAGGAUCAGACUGUGCUUUUUGAGGACUUGCUCUCCCUCACCGUGGGGGAAAUGAUCUCAGUCCGAGUGCCACACCAAAAGAACCAGACCUUCCGCAACGUCGCGCCCCUCUUCUACACCUCCAACUUCCCGCUGCAGGUGCGCCGGCCUGACUUGGAGGAGGCCACGCGCUUGAACCAAGCCAUGGCCGAGCGCUUCUGCACGCGUCAGUGGAAGAUGCCGUUGCCAGAAGCCGAGCGGAUCCCGGACCUGCCUCGAUGCUCACGGUGCUGCGCCGCGUUCUACCUUAUUGCGGAGCUGCUGGGACGGCACAUUUCCACGAUCGUCCGGCACUUCCAGCGGCUGUCCCGGGGCCGGGCUGCCAAGCGGCAGCCCACAGGACGACCGCCCAGCCUGACUCAGCGCCAAGUCGACCAAGUUGUGAGCACAACCCAGCGGCUUGUGAAAGAAGCCAAAGCUCAGUGGCAGGUCACGGCUGCCAUGGUGCGACAGGCGCUGCGUCUGAAAUGCUCUGUCAAGACCAUCCGCAAAGUUCUGCAUGAGCGCGGGAUCACCUUUCGACCAAUGCGCCAGAAGCCGCUGCGCACUACGGCUGAUGAGCACACCCGACUGGAGUGGGGGAAGAAAUACGCCCCAAAAAGGGCAUCCUUCUGGUCUGAGAGGGUGCACGCCUACCUGGACAACAAGUUCUUCCCCGUCUACCCGAACCACAAGGCAAGGUGCUACGCUGCCAAGCGCGCCACUGGUACCUACCGAGCAAGGGGCGAGGGCUUGGGCGAGGGGCAUGUUCGACCACGCAAGACCUUGAAAGUGUCUUGGGGGAAGAGUGUCAACGUGGCGGUGGCCCUGAGUGCCCAGAAGGUUCUGAUGUGCCACGUGGUGGAAGGCCACUGGAAUGCAGCGGAGGCCUGCCGCAUGUAUGCACGGAGCCUGGGCCCUGCCCUGCGACGCGCAAGCCCCGAGCUCGACCGGUUUGUGGUGCUGGAGGACAACGAUCCCAGCGGCUACAAGAGCCGGGCGGCCAGGGACACAAAGGUGGAGCAGCGGAUCAACGUGCUGGAGAUCCCAAAGCGCUCGCCUGACGUCAACCCACUCGACUACGGCUUCUGGGCCCACGUCAAUGAGCGGCUGCGCGUGCAGGAGAGCCGCUUCGGCGUCAAUUUUCGUGAAUCCAGAGACCACUUUGUGCGCCGCCUCAGGCGCACGAUCCUGCGCACCCACCCGGCCUUCCUGCGCUCAUUGGUGACAUCCAUGAAGCGGCGAGCAGUGGCCUUGGUGGCCGCCAAAGGGCGGGACUUUGAGGAGGAGGAGUUUUUGGAGGUGCUGCGGGAGUGGGACAACGCAGUCGCGCCAUGCCCGCAAGGCGUGGUUCCAGGGGUUGGCCCUGCGCAGCCUGCGGGCGUGGCGCUGCCAGUGGCAGCCGCUGCUGCCGAACUUGGCGAGGCAGCUCGGGGCCGACGCCUCACAGGGAAACAGCCGAACCCCGCAGUCAACCAGAACGCUGCUUCGAGUGCAAUCCUUGCUGAGAGACUGGCGGACUGCACGGCCUUGUCGGUGGAUGUGCAGAGGAAGCACAUGCACUACACGCACGUCCGCACCACGUCGGCGGGCGACCGGCAGCCUUCCACCUUCACCCGGGCUGGGUUCUGGGAGCACAUCCUCCAAGUCUACCGAGAAGCAUACCCAGACGCUGCCAACCCCACGGGCUCCAUCGUGCAGUUUGGGGCAGUGGCGAAGGAGCGGCAUGCGGCCUCGCAGGAUGGUUUGCGGGACGAGCACCAUCAUUGCCCAGUGUACUGCAGCAAGCGGCACUACUGGAAGCGUGUGGCUGACAUCUCCUACCAGAAGUACAAGGUGAAGCUCCACGCGGCCACGCACGACGGGUACUACACCAUGUAUUCUUACAUCACCGCCCCGACUACGAAGAAGCCCUUGGCUGAAUUGGACGCGGAGGUGUUCUUGUCGGUGGACCACCCGCGUGGAGACGCCCUGCGGCAGUUGCUGGAAGCAGGCGCCAUUGCUGCCCGUGCCUUGAAUGGACGUCAACACAAGCAACAAGCUGAAGAAGCUCCGCAACGUGCGCCGCAGAAGCGCUUCCGCUCCGGGGACAUCUUCACCCUCAUGGAGGAGCACAACUUGCAGAAUGUCCUGGACUUGCAAGGGCUGGCCAACUCCUUGGCCCAGCAAGGCAACCCUCGCUUGGCGCAGUUCUGCACAAGCAUGGGUGAGGACCGCUUGGGUCAGCUGCUCAAUGCAGCACGUGGUGUCAUGGAAGCACCCACGCGUGUGGCCAUGCGCCAGCACUCCCGUUUGGACACCUUGCGGGACGCAGCCAUGACUAGUCCUUGCACCUGCAGCGGCGUGUGGGCUCCAGCUGCUCUUCGCACCUUGACCAACAACCAAGAGGAUGUGCGCAGGUUCUGCCAAGACGUCUGCCGCGCCCUGCAGUUGGGAGCUCGGCGGGGCGUCAACCUCGCAAUUGUCGGCGUCCCAGGCAGCGGCAAAAGCAUGCUCCUUGAGCCCUUGGACGGCAUCUUUCAGGUCAUGGGGAAACCUGAAGCCCGGAGCUCCUUCCCUUUGGCCGGUGCUUUGGAUGCGCAGGUGUUGCUGUGGCAAGACUACAAGCACCAGGAUCAGACUGUGCUUUUUGAGGACUUGCUCUCCCUCACCGUGGGGGAAAUGAUCUCAGUCCGAGUGCCACACCAAAAGAACCAGACCUUCCGCAACGUCGCGCCCCUCUUCUACACCUCCAACUUCCCGCUGCAGGUGCGCCGGCCUGACUUGGAGGAGGCCACGCGCUUGAACCAAGCCAUGGCCGAGCGCUUCUGCACGCGUCAGUGGAAGAUGCCGUUGCCAGAAGCCGAGCGGAUCCCGGACCUGCCUCGAUGCUCACGGUGCUGCGCCGCGUUCUACCUUGCCAACAGCGAGGCCUUUCGGUCGCCCUGUCUGCAGCACGAGGCGAGGCUGGCGCUGGAGAAGGCCGUGGCGUGGUGGGGCGAGCGACUGCAAGUGGGCUCGCUAGCGGCCACAGCCUUGCUGACAGAUGGAAGGCUGCCCUUAUCAAGCAUGGGGGAGCUGGAGCUUGAGGUUUGCACGGAAGGAACAGGUUUGUGUGACGUGGCCUAUGGCCAGGACAUCCCCCCGCAGCUGGUGGUGGACGCGGAGCCCCACGUCUGCGCCUUCCGCUCUGGGCGGGCGCCGGAGGUGGUGCUGUUGAGGGUGCGCAGCCGCUGCCAGGACCCAUCACUGGAGACGCGACUCUAUGGCCAACGUCUGCCUCUGGUGCUUCCGCGGCCAGGAUUGGGAGGCCCGGAGCCGGAGGCGGCUCAAGACGCCCACGUGCUCAGCUGCGGUCCCACACCUGUCGCAUUGAAGGCUUGGAAGCUCCACCAAGGCGAGGAGCUGGGUUGCCUCGACUUCCUCAAGAGGACACUGGAAGGCCUUGAUCCAGAUGUGCCGGCAAUCCUUCUGUCGCCGCUGACACACGGUUGGAGCGAGCGAAGUUCUGAGGCACUGCAGGAGGCAGCGCGUUGGAUCCAGCGGCCUGCUGCAGGCAAGGUCAUCAUUGGCUUCCCCCUUCUCACCACGGAAAACCUCUGGCAGUGGCGGGUGAGGCGCCUGCGGCACCAGUACUGGAAACUGGUCUUCUCGCCCGCGGAGGAGCUCUCGAAUGUGCCAGGUCUGGGCCCUUGCGCCGUGGGCUUCGGCUCGGGCACCCGGGUCGCCAGCGCCGGCGUGCUGCGGGCCUUGCUGUCCAAUGUGGAGGAAGAUCCCGAGAACCGGGUGAACUGGCUGUUGGACCUGGAUAUUCAGAUCCAGAACGCCGGCGUGCAGGUGCUGAGCUGCUUCAGCUGGCCCAUGCCGGAGGCGGACUACCUGCAGCACGUGGCACUGACCACGAAGCUCACGGAGAAGCACCAGGUGGAGAUGGCCGACUUCGACGGCCGGCGCCAGGUGCUGUGCAUCAAAGGCGCCAACUGGUUCCAGGUGGCUCAGAAAGGCUUGGUGGCGCCCUACUGCUUCCGCCGGGACGUCACGCAGGCCUUUCGGCGGGUCUAUGGGUGGUGGACCUCCUUGGACCCUCGGAACUUCCUGGUCCCCGAG